AUGCUAUCUGAAGACCAAUUCUUUGAAGCUAAAAGUUUCCUCCAGGUCUAUAAAGAUGCCCAUCAUUGCUUAGAGCAAGCUGCAAGAAAACAAGCAGUCUUUGAUAAAUAUAAAGAGUUUUAUGGAAAGGUAAAAGAAGGCCAAGAUGGAAAAGAACUCACUUUUGAUAAUAAUGGCAAUCUUCAAAUGGCAGCUAAUUUCAGGUCUAACUAUUUCUUAAGACUAGGCAAAUUUAUGCAGUAAUUUUUUAUAUAGAUCAAACGUCAACCCCAAGUUAGACAGCAUUCCAAAGAAUUAUGAAGAUUUGUCUGCUCAUUUGGCAGGAAUUAUUGAAGAUUUGAAGAAAAAAAUCAUAGCGACUAAGUCUAAGCCAUAA